ACCCUGUGCCGGGAAAGAUCAUCAGCGUCGAGUCCAGGGACGUGGAAGGCUCGAACCAGAGUAACGCCUCUUGUGCUGCGAGAGCCCUCGAAGGAGACUUGCUGACGUGCCACAACAUCUUCAGCUUCAGAGUCUUCUUCUACCGGGGCAAGCCAACCAGAGAGAGGAUUCAGAUACACGACGUGGUGCCCAAACCACUCGACUGCUACACAUUCGAGGAGUUUACCGGGGUGUUGAAGCGGGCCUCGCAGUGGCUCCAGGACCAGGGCCCGCUGAGGCUGUACAAUGUGCAGACGCUCUUCGUCAAGGCUAAACUACACAUACCGCCUGGUUCGAUGCUGUCCCGGAAGGUGUCUUCCCUGGUGCGCUAUCUCAAGGUCCUGCGAGUGGUGUACACGACGUUUCCGGAGGCCUCUCUCGAGUUCACGUCACUGCAAUUCCCCCGCUGUCUGUCCCAUCGAGUCUUCAUACCGUCGCUUACCGUGUCCGGAGAGGACGUCAAAGUGGCACAAGCCAUCAGGGCCCUCAAGAACAAGAUGAGCCUCUGGAGCAGCAUGCUCCGAGGCAACAUCCUGUGCGCCGAGUCCCUGACCGUGGACUUCUUGCCGUUCGAAAAAGGGGCCGACGACAGCAUCAACGCCUCGGUGCCGAACAGGCGGGACUCCCUGGGCCAGGCGACGGCCCGGGUGGUCCUCUAUUUUCGCGUUUACACAGACUGCCCGGACAUUCGCGCCAGGGCCAGCUCCCCGGUGUCCAUGGUCGCACAGUCUCAGUUCUACAGCAGCAGGGAUGAAAGCCGCAGGUGCAGGAUCAUGUGAACAUUUGUCCCUUCCCUCGAGUUAACGUGACGCCUGUCUAAAGGAAUAAAGAA